AUGGAAUUUAAUUCAUGGAAAACGUCUUUUUUCCAGAGACUGGUAGAUCGAGAUGAUGUUGAAUCGAAAUUUGAUGACUUUAUUCAUUCCUACUCUCAAAUUGCAAAAAGAGCUUUAGAUGCUGAGCAAAAAUCACUGGACACUCAGAGUCCUGAAAAAGUGGAUAAAAUUCAGUUACUUGAACAACAACUUGCCAAUAAUACAGAUACAAUUUAUACUUUAACUCAGAAACACGAUACCCUUAAAACAAUUACCCUGCAGGAUAAGGAACGGAUUUCUGCACUUGAAAAAGAACUUGCACAUUGUCAACGUAUGCUUGAAGAUUACAGAAAUGAAACCAUUAAAAAAUCUGGAGAAUUACAAUUGGUCCAAGACGACAUGCUUGUACUUCAGCUGUCAUUAAACGUUGCAGAAUCAAAGGCACGGAAACUGGAAGAUGAAAAUGCAAAUCUUGUUGAUCGCUGGAUGCGCAAAGUUGCUGAGGAAGCUGAUAAAAUGAAUGACGCCAACGCAUUUUUAAAAAGGUAUGUGUUAAUACGAAUAUUUUGUGCUAUAUCAGGCUUUUUUUAA